AUGUUCAUCCAGUCAACUCUCGCUCUCGGCCUUUUGGCCAAUACCGCUACAGCUGCUAUCGCCGAAUGUGGUACUUCGGGUUCUGGCCAAGCUCUGAAAGAUCUAUCCAUGAAGCUUCGGAAUGAACCCCUGGAAGUCAGAGAGCUGAGAAAGAAUGUCGAGAUCAAGACAUACAUCCACGUCAUCGCAGCCAGCGAGAAGGAAGAGGACAAUUACCUCAGUGACGAGAGCAUCCAAGGUCAGGUUGACAUACUGAACAAGUAUUACAAUCCAUUGGACUUCUCUUUCAAAGUGGUCAAAACCAACAGGAUUAUCAAUGAGUCUUGGACUUCCCCUGUCGGCACUCCUGUCGAGCCCUCAACUGAGGAUGAUCUUAGGGCCGCACUCCGCCAGGGAAGCUACAAGGACCUGAACCUUUUCUUCGUCCGAAGCAUGCCACCUCUUGGCAAGUGUGAGCUCCCCAUCCCCAAUCCGACAAAGCAAGAUGUGAUCAACGACGGCUGCAUAAUGAGACCCGGGGAGCCCGGUGAAGUGCCUCCAAACUUUACCCUUACGACUGUACACGAGGUCGGACACUGGCUUGGCUUGGACCAUACAUUCGAAAACGGCUGCGAGUAUCCUGGAGAUUACGUUGACGAUACGCCUUACGAGGCGGAUCCAUUUGGAUUUGAAGGCUGCCCUGAGAAGGAUCGCAACACUUGUCCCGAUAAGCCUGGUCUGGACCCGAUUGACAAUAUCAUGAACUACGUUAGCCCACACUGCGAGCGUAUGAGAUUCACACCUGGUCAGACCGAUCGUAUGCACAUGCUUUGGAAGAAAGUGCGAGCAAACACAGAAGCUUGA